AUGGCGGUGUACUCUCUCCUGGAAGUGGCGGCUUUGGCGUGGGAAAUUCCCAAGAGCGCGACGAUUUUUCCACAGGUGCUCCAAGUGUGGUUCGAUUUUGGGCACGACCAGAUUUUCGCAUACCUCCUGCUGUCGACUAGCUUGUCGGUGACGGCGCUUGCCCAGACGCUCAGUGAAGGAGGAGGAGGAGACACCUGUCGAUAUUAUGGCGCUCAAGGGAGUCGGAGCCGCCAGAGUUGGUGA